AUGUUUGAAACCGACAAAGAAAAAAUGGAGUUUUGUCUGCAACCACCCGAUGGUUUUACUAUUCGUUUAAAUGGUCAACCUAUUCUUAUACAUCAACGAGAACAACCUCUGUUCUAUGUCGGUACAUGUCAAUCUUCGUACAAUAUGCGUCUUGGUCAUUUUAGUAUGAAACAUGAAAUACAGAAUAAAACAAGCCUUCAAGUACAAAGUGUUAAAGAGAUCAAUGCAUAUAAAAUAUAUGAAAUUUUAUUUGUCGAUGAAAACAAAUUAUACGAUUUUCGAAUAAAAUUUAUUAUAAAUGAUAAUGGAUUACGAAUUGAAUUUCCUCAAACAUCAACAUCAAAUUAUAUUCGAUCAGUAAUCGAAGAUGACGAAAUAAUUAAACGUAAUGAAAAUACAUUUGAUGAUAGUGAUGAAAUAAAUCUAUGGUUUUCGUUAGAAGCAUUACCAUUCGAUCAAGAAACUGUACGUGGUUGUGGUCUUCAGUAUGCAAGUGGUGAUCUUCGAGGAAAAAUUUUACCAAUAUGGGUAUCAGAAUGGGAUCAUGAUCAAUUACAUCUAAACGAUGAUACUAAUUCAAGUCAUCAUCCUUCAUUACAUACAACCUAUCAUCCACAGCCCAUGUUUAAUUCAUCACGUGGUUAUACAUUCUGUGCUUAUGGAUCUGCUUAUGCUCAAUUUGAUUUUUCUGAUACAAAUUUUCAUCGUUUUCAUUUUACUGCUAUUCCUUAUCGAUUAGAAUUGAGUCUUAACAAUCAUUAUCAAACUUCUCGUUUAUAUUUACCAUUAGCAGAAUGGUUGCAUGAUGGAAUUAUUUUAAGUGUACAAGGUGGUACAGAUGUUAUCGAUAAAAAACUACGUACAAUGCAUGAAUGUGAAACACGUAUAGCCGGUGUUUGGGUACAAGAUUGGUGUGGACAAAGAAUAACAUCAUUCGGAAAACGAGUCUUUUGGAAUUGGCAAUGGAAUGAAAGUUGGUAUCCGAAUUUAAAAGAAAAAAUUAUCGAAUGGCAACGUGAUUAUAAUGGUUGUCGAUUUUUAGCUUAUAUUAAUCCGUACAUUGCUGUUGACGGUUUAUUAUUUAAAGAAGCAAAUGAAAAAGAUUUUCUUGUUAAACGAUUUGAUUGUGAAAAUACAGUUUAUAUGAUUGAUUUUGGUGAAUUUAACGGAGCAAUUGUUGAUUUAACUAAUCCACAAGCAUUCGAAUGGUAUAAGAAAGUAAUAAAAACAAAUUUAAUUGAUUUAGGUAUAUCUGGUUGGAUGGCUGAUUUUGGUGAAUAUCUUCCAUGUAAUGUUCGUCUUCAUGUUAAUAUACCUGGUAGAUUAAUACAUAAUCUUUGGCCUGUACUAUGGGCACGAUGCAAUUAUGAAGCUAUUCGAGAUGCUGGAAAAUUGGAUCAAAUUAUUUUUUUCAUGCGCAGUGGAUAUUUAAAUGUACAACGAUUCUGUUCACUUUUCUGGUCUGGUGAUCAAUCAGUCAAUUUUUCUUCUGAUGCUGGUCUUCCUGCUGGAAUUCGUUCAUGUCUUUCAUUAUCAUUAAGUAAUGUUCUUAGUGUUCAUACAGAUAUUGGAGGAUACUUUGGUCGAACAUUUGGACGUUCUCGUGAAGUUCUUUUACGUUGGUGUGAAAUGGCAACAUUUAAUGUUGUUAUGCGUACACAUGAAGGAAAUCGACCUACUUCAAAUAUACAAUUUGAUAAUGAUAAAAUAUGUCGAGAAUUUUUUGCUCGAAUGAGUCGAAUUCAUGCUCAUUUAAAGCCUUAUUCCAAACAUGUUGUUCAAAACGCUUAUGAUAAACAACAAUCAUGUCUUAUUUAUCAUACAGAAUUACAAUAUUUUUUCGGUGAUGAUCUUUUCAUGGCACCAGUUGUUGAAAGUGAAGUUGACAAAUGGAAAGUAUCUAUUCCGGAUGGACAAUGGAUACAUAUUUGGACAAGCAAAAUCUAUGACAGAAAUGUAUAUGAAAUAUAUGCACCUAUUGGGCAACCACCUGUUUUCUAUCGAUCCACAAGUCAAUGGAAAUCACUUUUUGAACAAUUAAAACAUUUUUAA